AUGACAGACCAGUACAAUGCCUGCAUUACAGUAGACUUUGCACCGAUCUACCCUGAGAUACUUAAAGUCCUCCACCUGGGGCAGCACCUCACCCCUGGCCUGGAGAAGGACAGUGAUGAACAGCCACAGAUGGCCGACGAAGCUGUGGAACCACAGACUGAGGAAGUCCUGGGAGAAACUCUGGACAAAGCUGUAGAUCUGGUUUACUCCAUCAAUGACAGGCCCCCCUGGUACCUCUGUAUUCUGCUUGGCUUUCAGCACUACGUCCUAGCAUUUGGUGGCAUCAUAGCAAUCCCGCUGAUUCUCGCCGAGCCUCUCUGCAUAGCAGACAACAAUGCGGCCAAAAGCCAGCUCAUCUCGACCAUAUUCUUUGUGUCAGGAUUAUGUACGCUCCUGCAGACAACUCUUGGGACCAGGUUACCAAUCCUCCAGGGGGGAACCUUCAGUUUUAUCACUCCAACUCUGGCCAUCCUUGCUUUGCCAACGUGGCAGUGCCCGACCCAUAAUGCACCUGUGUCGCCAUCCAUACAGGAGCAGAAUGGCACCAGCCCGUUGUCAGUGGAAAACUCUGAUGAGAUCUGGAUGUCACGAUUACGAGAGAUCCAAGGAGCCAUCCUGAUUUCCUCUCUGCUCCAAAUUGUCCUAGGGUUUUCUGGGUUGCUGGGCCUUGUGCUGAAAUAUAUCGGCCCUCUGGCUAUCGCUCCUACUAUCAAUCUCAUCGGCCUGUCUCUGUUUAUUGAGGCUGGGAAGAAAUGUGGAGGUCACUGGGGAAUUGCUGCUCUCACAGUGUGUCUGAUUCUCCUGUUCUCCCAAUACCUCAGCAAAGUUGACGUUCCAUUGAUUGCCUACAAAGAUAAGAAGUGGAAGGUUUUCCAAUAUCCACUCUUCAAGCUCUUCUCUGCUUUGUUCGGGAUGUGCGGUGGUUGGCUGGUCUGCUUCUUACUGACCAUAUUUGACGUCCUGCCUUCAAAAGCUGAUCAGUAUGGCUUCUCAGCUCGGACUGACAUCAGCUUAGAUGCUGUGCGAAACUCCCCGUGGUUCCAUGUGCCAUAUCCAGGCCAAUGGGGUCUUCCAACAGUGAGUUUGUCUUCAGUGCUGGGAAUGAUGGCGGGUGUCUUGGCAUCCACUAUGGAAUCCAUUGGUGACUACUAUGCUUGUGCUCGAUUGUCCGGAGCCCCUCCACCACCCACCCAUGCCAUCAACCGAGGUAUUGCCAUUGAGGGCAUUGGAUGCAUCCUUGCAGCACUAUGGGGAACUGGAAAUGGCACUACUUCCUACAGUCAGAACAUUGCUGCGCUUGGAAUCACUAAGGUUGGCAGCCGACUGGUGCUCCAAACAACCGGGUUACUGAUGAUAUUUCUUGGGAUCUUUGGGAAGUUUGGAGCAGUUUUCAUCACCAUUCCAGAUCCUGUCAUUGGAGGCAUGUUUCUUGUCAUGUUUGGCAUGAUUGCUGCUGUGGGAAUGUCAAACCUCCAGUAUGUGGAUCUGAACUCUUCUCGUAACCUCCUCAUCCUUGGUUUCUCCACCUUCAGUGGACUCGUGCUACCCACCUGGUUUCACUCAAACCCCAGCGUCGUUGACACAGGAAUCAAAGAGCUAGACCAAGUGAUUGUCGUCCUUUUCACCACACAUAUGUUCAUUGGCGGAUUCUUUGGGUUUAUCCUGGAUAAUACCAUCCCAGGUACCGACAAAGAAAGAGGCAUCAACAGCUGGAAGGACAAGGUGCAAGGGGAGAAACUAAACUCUUGUGACUUAUCAUGCUAUGAUAUUCCAUUCUGUGGCAGCGUUUUUAGAAGGUUGGCAUUUUUCCGGUACUUCCCCUUUCUUCCUUCUUAUAAAACGCCAGAAGAAGCAGCAUCCACAUGAGGAAAGCAAAACAUCAAUACAUCUACUAGCUAGUUAGCCUAACAAACUUCGGAUCGAGUGUGUCUAACGGCAAAAUAUCAAACAGAUUUUGCCAGUGAUCCAGCUCCAGAGACUUUUAUUACAUUUUAAUAAACAACUUUUUAUUAUUAAAUACAUAUUAUUAUUAAAAACAUAUUAAACUAUUCAAGUAAUCAUAAAUGACCACUUCUUGGGGUAAUAGGUUAAACAGGAACUUAAAUAUAUGAACAAUCAUCCAUAAAAAGUGGAGGAUUGAUUUAAAAAUGACUCACUUCAAGCCGAUUUCUAUUUUCUCAUUUAACAAAUUGAAACACACACACACACACACACACACACACACACACACACACACACACACACACACACACACACACACAAAGUAUAACUGAAUUAGCCACAAAUUUCCUUUUUUAGGUGGCCACACAAUAAAAGUACAUGAAACAAAAGGCAUUGAUGUAACAGCGAUAUUUUCAUCCACCCAUCCAUUUUCUUCCGCUUAUCCUGAGUUGGGUCGCGAGGACAACAGCCUAAGUCGAGAGGCCUCAGACUUCCAUCUCUCCAGAUAUUUUUUUGGGGAAUCCCAAGGUGUUCCCUGGCCAGCCGAGAGACUACACUGCAGGCCUUGAUGCUCAAUUCCAAUUUUUUGAGUAAAUCAGAUUUUGUUGUGUGGCUGUUCACACUAUGACUGAAAUGCAACAUCAAACUCUCUCCAGUGUGAAUGCUCCGCUGCACCAAAGCGACCCGUAUGCACAAAAAACAAGAGGUCACUCUCAGCGGAGCCGAAACCAGGAGCGGCGGAGUUGUGAUGCAAUCCUGAUCCUGUGGAUAAACUGUCGGUGAAAACUUUCACACCUUUUAAUUCUUCCAUUGUGAAUUAUUAUUCCCCGAAAAUGUUCCGGUAUUAAUUCAUUCACGGAGAAUCCCCCACUCAUGGACACAUGUCCAUUGUAGCCAUAGUCUUUCCACCGUGUGCUGGGUCUUACCUUAGGUCUCCUUCCAGUUGAACGUGCCCAGAAAACCUCACCAGGGAGGCAUCCUAAUCAGAUGCUCGAGCCACCUCAAGUGGCUCCUCUUGAUGUGGAGGAGCAGCGGAUCUACUCUGAGCUCCUCCCAAAUACCCGAGCUUCUCACCCUAUCACUAAGGAGAGCCUAGCCACCUUGCGGAGAAAACUCAUAUUGGCCGCUUGUCUCUGAUCUACCCAUUUGCAACUCAAUACCUCUCGGAUUUAUAUGAGCUGAUACUCAUCCCAGCUGCUUCACACUCGGCUGCAAACCGCUCCAGUGAAAGCCGGAGAUCACGUUCUGUUGAAGCCAACAGGACCACAUUAUCCACAAAAAACAGAGACCCGAUCCUUAGGCCAUGAAAAUGGAUCCCCUCAAUACCCUUGCUGCAGUUUGAAAUCCUGUCCACUAAAGUUAUGAACAGAAUCGUUGACAAAGAGCCGAUCCACAAGGUCUUGAGUAGAGGUCAGCAGCACACCGUCCCCACUAUAAACAGCGUUGGUAGUGCACUGCUUUCCCCUCCUGAGGCGCCGAAUGGUGAAUCUCCUCUAAGUCAUGUAGAAAUCUUGCUCCAUGGUCUCACUAAACUCCUCCCACACCUGGGUUUUUGCCUCUGCAACCACCCACGCUGCAUUCCGCUUGGACUGCAGUUAGCCGCCGCCUCUGGAGUCCCACAGGCCAAAAGGACCUAACAGGACUUUUUAUUCAACUUGAAAGCAUCCCUAACUGCCGGUGUCCACCAGCGGGUUUGGAGGUCAACAAUAAUGUGACCUCUGUAUAAGAUAUAUUAAAAACACAGGUUUUUGUGUAAUACAGAAAACAAUGGAUGAAACAUGGGUUCCUUAUUUUAUAAGUUAUACCAGAAGAAUGUAAAUUGUUGACUGUUGAACAAAGAUCGCUUACUGUCAGAAUUAUGGAUGAGGAGAAGGUUAAUUGGGUUACACAAAUGCUAAGGUUAGGCUCGGGUGGUUAAGGUGACAUUCAGACAAAAACAUAAAACUUUUUGAUGACAUAUUUCUACAGUGUGUUUACAUGUUUGUACAUGUAUUUAUUUGUGAACAUUGAAAUUUGAUGAUGAUGACCAAGAAUACCUCUUCCUGCACUCAGAAUAGGACCACUUUGACACUGAACAAACAAACCCACCGGUAUUCAGCUGCAUUUUCUCAGAAAGAAUUUUGAAUCGUACAAAAAUCUUAUCAAUUCAAUCCCUUGGAAUGAUAAUGAAAAUGUUGGUGUAAACAUUUCCUUAUUUUAACUGAGCUGUGUUCCGGCCCCUGCCGUUGGGAGAAAUGAAGGUCCCAUCCAGCUGGCAAACAAAUGCUGAUGUGCUUUUGUGAACGGAGGAUUUGCUGCUUGAGACGUCCCUGCAUACGCCCCUCUGCCUCUUCAGUGGCCUGGCUGUUGUGCAGCCUAAGUGCACUGAGUGGCUGCUCCUGUGGGAGCAGGAUAAAAGCCUGCCCUAAAGAGUUUCAGGGCCUCACUCCUGAGUAAGGCUGACUUUUUGGAAAAUAAUCUAAUUGCAAGUUUUUUUCUUUGUUACGAUCCAGGCUGUCUAGUAGGCCUGGGGUAACAAGGACGACACAUGAUCGGAUAUUUAAAAGUAAACAAACAAAUUUAUUUACACCAAGGAAAAAUGAACACAACUGGACUAAUCGGCGGCAACUAAAAUAGUAACAUAAAAUAAACUCUACUUAGCCAAUAUACCUACAAAUCAGGGAACCCCCUGCACAUAAAAGACGCAAAUUGGCUAAACGAGAUUAAAACAAAAGCACACAGAGGAGCCAACAGGACAGAGACCACAUGUCCAGCCUGUUGCUCCCUGAUGAUAAGGGCUGGGUGGCUUUUAUGCAGAGUCCUCAUUCAACUGCUGAUUGUCAUUGCCACCAGCUGGGACUUCAGGGUGGGGCCGGACAGGUGUGGGAGAAGCCAGGUGCUGCAAAACAGCUCCUCUCACACAAGAGGGAUAAAACAGAGGAGUAAGAAAUGAAAUAAAAACAUAAAUGGCACCAGCCAUAACAUUCUUCAAUGUUGCAAUUCACGAUUAUUUUAUCAUUGGGCUUUUCUCAUAUUUUUCAACUAACAAAAGCAAAAAUAAAUCUGUGCAACUUAUACUAAAUGUACCGUAAACAAGUGUAUGCAUUUACAUAUUUAUCUACUUAUAUCUACAAGUUUACUUGUCUACACAUACAUAAACACUCACAAGUAAAAACAAAGUUUUGUAUUUGAAGGUGCAAUGCUAUGCAGCUAGGAGCACAUCCAUUGAAGGAGCAUAGGUAUUAGCAUCAAUUGUGAAAAUCGAUUUGCUGGAAAGAAGUUUGUCCCAUUUAUUGAAGUCUUUUGUGUUUAGAGUUUUUAACGUCUUGUCCAUGCAGAGCUUCCGUAGUUCAGUUACAUUCACAGCUGAUAGCCAAAACUCAGUAGAGUUGAAGUCUCUUACAGUUUUCUAGCUUUACUAAAAUACCUGUCUGUGCUUAUUUGAUUGAUGGCAGUUUUUACUUUUUAUUAGACUCCAAAUAUAAUAAUUUGGCACGCUCCUCAUUUGUAAGAAUGUAAUCGGCGAUAUUAGCAUUAGCAUCCCUUAGGGUUUUUCCAUGUAUAUUAGCACUGUGCUAACCACUUGCUGCCAGUCAAAUCACAGCCUUUGCAAAUCUCCUUCUGUCACAUCGCAGUUUUAUUGUAUAUGCCAUUAAUCAAUCAGCUCUACUCCUGAGCUCACUGCAGAGAUCAGAGUAAGUGUAGAGAUUACUUCUGGAGUUACUGGUUGUGUGGCCAAUCAUGACAAUAAUCUAGAACUUUCUGCAUAAUGGACGUUUAUGUGUGGGACUAAUGGCUGGUGACAAGCCUUACAGAUUUACUCUCAGGUGGAGCAUCAAAUCGUCUGCUUUGAUGUCAAGCCUGAUACUUAAAACUUUAUUGUUAUUGUUUUUUGAAUGCUUUAUAAUUCCAACCAGACACAGAUACAGAUGUGAAAGAGAAAGGAAGAUGGGGGGGGGGGUCCAAAAUAAUAAACAAUCAAUGACGAACAAGAGUCUGCUUCUAGACCUGCAGAAAGAGAAAGACUAACAAUAACAAAGGACACACAACAAUACAAGAGCAAGCUAUCACUGCAUCAACCUGAUGAGGAAAUAUAAAAACAUUGUUUCACUGAACAAUCAGACGUUAAUAAAUCACAGUGCAUUUACGGCCUUAAAGGCCCCAUGUGUGAAAUCCAUUGAAAACAUGAUGAAAAAAUUUGACUCUUUAGCGCCGUGCAGUUCAGAGAGUAUUGCAGAUGCGGUGGCUCACUCAUGAGUUUGAUUGUAUAAUCAGUUUCCAACCUGUGUAGCCUAACCCACACAAAGCUUUAAACAAGCUAUGCGACCUCUUUAAAAAGCAUUUAUAAUUAUGACUGUUUUAACCUACCAGUCCUAAAGGAAUUAAGCUAGUUCUCUUAGAUCUUGAAGCUGUCAUGAUGCACACACGGAGGAGGGGUGACAUCAGCCGAGAGGUCAGGUGUUGUGAAAAAUUGUGUUCCCCUGAAAUAUUUUGUCCCCCUGUGUCGGGAGAUCGCACUUCAGGAUAUUUUCACAACAUUUGUGAUCAACUUUUACGGUAAAAUUAUGCAAUGUAAUGUAAUAAUGUUAUGCUUGUGGCUUUCAUCUAUGUUGUUCUAAAAACAAUAAAAAAGAUACAGUAAAAACAUUCUUGUUCACUCUUUUGCAGCAAGCUUAUUUAUCAUUUUUGAAAGUUAUGUAAAAAGAUGUAAUCUCACUCAGUUUAACAUCUUUUAUUUGAGGUAGUUUAGUCCUCAUAAUGGACAAUAAGUUCUGUGGAUUUGGAAACAUUUGCUCUUGACUGCCUAAGGGAAACAGAAUAUUUCAACACCCGUUUCACGUGGAUCACGGUGUGCUCAAUUUAAACAACCUGGCUGCCGCUACCAGCUUAUAUGAAUAUGGAGCUAUCACUGGCUACUCUUUAGCCACGGCUGGUAGAGGGUUGGUGGGCCGGAAACAUGCUGUGGAGGUCAAGUAAAUAAUGUUGACUUAUCCACCAGCUAAUCGUGGCUCACGGCUGGCGUAGAGGAGAUCAGCGUCAAGAGCUACUAGUUAUGGGCUCGACACACGGGAGGCGACAAACGACCGCGAUCAGCGAAAUUUGUCUCUGUCGCUUUUAUUACCUGUCACACGGGAGGCGAUCUGCAGUAGCGGCCAGCGGCAAAACCGUCUACGCGUUCUGUUCCAUGGCGAAAUCGAAACUUCCGUUGUUUUGUUUGGCUGUGUCAGGUUGGAGGGAAUUAAGGUUAUUUAAGCGGUUCAGAGUUAAUAAAGUGGUAGAUAUGAUGUUUCACAAGGUGCUGCUAGAGUUAUGUGAAAUCUUACUUCUGAUUUUACUGUAUAAAACAUAAUAAUAAUCAACUUCUCCUUCAUGUUUGCUCGGAGAUGUGCGGAGCAUCCUGUCCGCUCAUUGGUCAGUGAAUGAAACCUCUGUUGAUUGGUCCUCGCUCGAGCGACAGCGAUGAAAAGUUGAAAAUGUUUCAACUUUCUGGGAUCGCGUCGCUGGGUCGUCCGUGCACGACACGUGCACGAGUGCAAACUUUCACACGCACGUUUUUCGCGUUUCGCUCAGUAGGAGAGAGACCCGCGAUUAUCGCUUUGUCGUGCAUGUCUCAUUGAAAAUGAAUGGAGGAGAGGCGAUGUCGCCUCCCGUGUGUCGAGCGCAUUAGCCAUGGCUAGAGCGGGGAGAUGCUGUGUGUGCUGCGUGUUGUAACGUGAGGAAAUAUGGGUUAUCUGUGCCAAAGGUUUCAUUUGACUCGGCUGGGUCAAAGCUGGGUCGCUGAGAACUUUCACCCACAGAUCAAGACCUGAACGCCCGCGAGUCUGGGAGAAACCAUAACAUCUGAACACCUGCAGUGCCAGAAGAUGUGUUCUCAUGGAAAAGCUAGUCAUAACAUAACAAAGUCUUAAACUUCCUUUCCUUUAUUUUAAGUUGUUAAAUGAUCAGUAUUAUCACUUUGCUCAUUAUAAAUGUGUUUUAAUCAAAUGAAUGAUUAUUAUGCUUUGGGUAAUCAUAAUAACUAAUGAAUCAAUGCUUAAUUAAAUAAUGUUUUGAAGAUGUUUGGUAACGACCUUCACACACUCAAACACUCACUCAAACACUCACACACACACACUCUCUCACAGUAAACUCCAAAACACAUUUGCUCUGACGCACAAGUUUUGCUUUGAGAAGAGAAAGGCUUUUGGUAAGUUUUCAGUUCAUGAUUCAGUUCGGUGUUUGACAACCAAAGAGGGAGGACUUGUGAACAACGCCAACGGGCAAUGGGGCUGCGGCUCCUCCCCCACCCCCCCACCCCCCCACGCUGUUCCUGCCAAGCCAGACAGGAAUAGCUGAAUUGCAACCGCUAACGCAGACUCAUCCAGAGUCUUUGAUUUUCUGAGUAAAUUAAACUUAAGAAAGCGCAUCUGCAAACGCUUCAUCAUCACGUGUACCGGGGGCAUCUCUGGACCGGAUCGGCGGACACCUUCGUCUUCUCUGCCAGCCGAGGUGCCCUGGAUGAAACAUUGUCCUUUGACGUUCCGGAUCUGAACGAGGGUCCUUGUACGGUGAGGCAGAACACAAUAGAUAGUGUUUGAUGCAUCUUUUCCAAUGAAACCUAAGUUUAUUCAAACCAUCACUUUUCACUCAGACACCUGUUUCUUCCUGAAGCAAAAUCAGACGCACACACGCAUUCAUCUCACCUCAUUUUCAAUUCUCACACAUUCAACAUAAGGUCUAUUUGAGCAAGCUUACAAUAUCAACUGUUAAAGAUUGUUCAACAAAGUUGCCAAUGUUGAUUGUUAUUUGCUAUGCUUGUCAUUUCAAAAUCAUUAGUUUAAUUUGAAGAAUAAAAUCUUUUAACUUUCAAACUUGUCGUUCCGGUUAUGGCACGAGGCUGAACGGACGCAUGUGAGAGCUCCCGUGAACAACUAUGCAAAGUGACCUGUCUAGUACCUGUAUUCGAUUUAAAAAACCUCUCUAAUAUAUAAC